CUCACCUUUCGCCUUGUCGGUGAGUCCCGACGCUAAAUGCGAAUAUUCCGCGUUAAAAACAAACGCGUUUUUUAAACACAGUUUUUUUCCCCAUUCGUCUCGCAGGACUUGAACGUUGCAAAUGAAGGAAAGUGACAUGCUCUGCUUGCGGGACUCGGGCGACUGCCUCAGGCAGCAGAUGCGCUACAUGAUGCGGUCCCUUCAGGACCUAAAGCACCUGCGAAAGGCCUACCCUGCCCCCAGAAGCCCCCUGUCCCCGGUGAGCAGCCAGCUCCCGGCGUUGGCGCGGCACUCGGCGGUGGUGCGCGCCUGCCAGCAGCGAGCACAGCGGUGUGAGCGAUGCCUUCACCUCAGGAUGUCCAGCGCCAGCACGACCAGCACCUACGACUCCGCCUGCUGCCUGGCCAGUACGCUGGAGGAGGAAGAGGAGGAUGAAGAGGAUGACUCAAGCAGCGGCCUGGCCUUACGACUCAGCUCGCCCAGCAGUCGGAAAAGCCUGGAGUUUGACUCGGGCUACUCGGAGGCCUCGUGGCAGGAUGAAGGCGUCGUGCUGAGGAGGACCAGGAAUGUUCGUGUUUCUUCCUCGGCGUGUUUGCGCACCAACAGAGCAUGGAGUGGAAGGACGCGCCCCAAAUCUACCUCUGACGCCUGUCUGGAGAGGUGGACCUCUUUCGAGGUCAACGACCGCGAGGACUGGGCCAACUCUUUACUGACCGGAGGCCGCAACCGCCAGCCUCUCGUCCUGGGCGACAACAGCUUUGCCGACCUCAUACAAAACUGGAUGGACCUGCCAGAUUUCCCCGAACCCGCAGAAACGACGGCGCCCUCUCGGCACAAACUAGGAAAAGGCUUAUUCAUCAACAUGAAGCGGAAGCUCACCGGCUUUUCCAGAAGCGUCGAGGAGCGAGUGAGAAUGAGACACGCGGACUCGUCUCGCCCCAGCCGAACGGACGACGCCUCCAAGAGACUCUCCUGUUCCGUCGCCCCCUCACAGCCCAAAGUGCCCUUCUUCCACCAGUCCCACUCGGCCAUCAACCAGCUGGAUACGGACUUCUACCAAUUUGCAGCUCUGAUGAAGUCCGGGAGCCGGAACCCCAUCAUCUGCAAGGACAUUAUCGGAUACAUCUGAUGGGCGUGAACCUGUGAAGGAUCCUCAGUCACUUUAUUUUUAGAACACUUUUUGAUAUA